AUGGCCUGGCGCGAGAUCGAGGAUCUCACUGGAGAGAGCUUCUCCAGGAGGACGGCGCAGAGCCAGCGCAUUAGCGUCAUUUGCCCGAGCACGGAAGAGAGGAUAAUGUUCCACCCGCAACUCUACGAGUGCUUCGCUGCGCAGACCUACCAUGACAAGGAGUUGGUCGUCAUUGACACCGGAUCCAAACCUUCCCCCUUCUUCCGUCGCAUCACGCUGGAAGACCCGCGCGUGAUCUACAGGCACUUUCCCGUAACAGCCACUGAGUGGCCAGUGGGCCUCAAGCGGAACUUGGCCAUCCUCCUGGCUACUGGAUGCUGA